AGUCAGUAGUGUCUGUAAGAGAGAGAUUUGCACAGACAGAAAACUGCAGAGAAGCUGAAUGCAGGGUGACUGAUGCCAGGGAGAGGAGGAAGCCGAAUUUUAUCUUUCAUUGAAUCUUCCCUCCUUUUAUUCUGCACCAUCUCUCUGUUCUGCAUUGUCAGUGCAUUCAGCUAAGUGCCUCUGCAGCUGCUGUCAGAUUGCUCUCAUCUCUUGAGUGCACCACAACUGAAUUCAAAUGGUCAAUCUGUGACAGAGUGAGGACUUUGUAACUCCUGCCAGAGAGAGAGGGAGAGUCCACCAAAGAAGGACACACUGGGACGCAGUGUGGACCUGAGAGACUGAGGAGAGAGGUGAGGUAACGAUGAAUGUGAACAACGGUCAAACAUUAAGCAUCAGUGGACAGGAUUCUACCAGAAAUGGCAGCAGCAGCAGUCGAGCCCCCUGGGAAGAUGCGAGGAUGGUUCUGAAGCCCACCACUCCCACCAGGAAACCAAAACCACCCAAGCCGGAGAAUGCCAUCACCAUCGCGGUGUCAGCACGAGUCCUCUUCAACAUGGAGAAGGAGCAGCAUAUCUAUGAACACCAAGGCAUGGAGGAGUACAUUAAGUACCAGGUGGAGCAUGAGACGGAACCUUUUAACCCUGGUCCUGCCUUCUCCUUCGUCAAGGCUCUGGAGGCUGUGAAUGCACGACUCAGGGAGCUGUACCAGGAAAGUGAAGAGCUCUUUGAUGUUGUGCUCGUGACCAACAACCAUGCAUAUGUAGGCCUGAGACUAAUCAACACCAUCAAUCAUCACCGGCUGUUCAUCGAGCGCUUCUGUAUGACUGGAGGAAACAGUCCAAUAGGCUACCUAAAAGCCUACCACACGAAUUUAUACCUGUCUGCUGAUCCGGUCAAGGUUCGAGAAGCUUUGGAAGAAGGUAUAGCAGCAGCCACGAUGUUCACCCCAGAGAAGAUGAAGGAGGUGUCAGACAACCAGUUACGCGUUGCUUUUGAUGGCGACGCCGUCCUCUUCUCUGAUGAGUCUGAACGCAUUUUCAAAGCCCAUGGACUGGACAAGUUUUUUGAGCACGAGAAGGCGCAUGAGAACAAACCUCUGGACCAUGGGCCACUGAAAGGCUUCCUGGAGGCCUUGGGAAAGCUCCAGAAGAAGUUUUACGCCAAAGGCCAGCGUAUGGACUGCCCCAUCCGUACAUACCUGGUCACAGCUCGCAGUGCAGCCAGUUCUGGUACCAGGGCCCUGAAAACUCUACGCUCAUGGGGUCUGGAGAUAGAUGAGGCUCUCUUUCUGGCCGGAGCUCCAAAGGGCCCCAUGCUGGAGAAGAUCAGGCCACAUAUUUUCUUUGAUGACCAGAUGUUUCAUGUAGAGGGCGCCGCUGAGCUGGGGACGGUGGCAUGUCAUGUGCCGUACGGGAUCGCUCAGAGAGUCAUCAAGAAAGGAUUCAUGGACAAAGAUGCUUCUCCAAGUGGUCAAUAAGAUGAGAGGGGCUUUUCACAGUGGCAUGCAGCAGUUAACGUGUUCACUCAGUUGGUAAUGUUAUAUUUAUGUCCUCAUGAAGUAUUAUUCCAUCACACAGUACAGAUUUUUGUUUAUGAGACAGAUACAAAGGCUUAUAGUUGUAAAAAGGAGAAAUAAAUACUAUAUAUUAUUAAUUAAUUUACCUACAUUUACAGUCAUGGAAAAAAUUAUUAGACCGUCAAAAGUCAUCAAAGCAAUGGUUAUGCAAUCGAGUACUAACUCC